GGGGCAUCUCGUACAACCUCCCGUAAACUUUCUUGCGAGAGUCCUCUCUCUCUCUCUCUUUCUUUCCAUAUUUCGGACAUUUCAAGCUCUUCAAAAACCCUAGAGAGGGUUUUGAUUUUAGUUUUUUCCUCACUAAUCGAUUUCUCUCAUUCCAUUCAAAGAUACAGUGAUGAAAUUCCAGACGGCUUUUAUCCUCAUCUCCUUCCUUCUUUGUUCUUCCUCGAAUCCAAUCCACGGCGCGUCCUCCGACGGAUCUCAAUCGAGCGAAACAAAGAAGAACAAGUUUCGAGAUCGCGAGGCAACCGAUGAUUCGCUCGAAUACCCGAAUCUAGAUGAGGAUUCUUUAUUGAAUUCGCAAUGUCCGCAACAUGUGGAACUACGGUGGCAGACUGAAGUAAGCUCUAGUAUAUAUGCAACCCCUUUGGUUGCUGAUAUCAACAGCGAUGGAAAGCUCGAUAUAGUGGUUCCAUCUUUUGUUCACUACUUAGAAGUACUUGAAGGUUCUGAUGGAGAUAAAAUGCCAGGGUGGCCUGCCUUUCAUAAAUCAACUGUGCAUUCCAGUCCUCUUCUGUUUGAUAUUGAUAAGGAUGGUGUGAGAGAGAUUGCUUUACCUACAUACAAUGGUGAAGUGAUUUUUUUCAGGGUCUCAGGCUACUUGAUGGCAGAGAAACUGGAGGUCCCUCGGUUGAGAGUUCGGAAAGAUUGGCAUGUGGGCCUGAAUCCAGACCCCGUGGAUCGUUCUCAUCCAGAUGUCCAUGAUGAGGCACUUAUUCAGGGGGCUGCUGAAAUGAAUAGAAGUGCACCUGGAUUAAACACUUCUGCUUCCUCAUUAAAGGAAGGGAACCUUGGCCCCUUAAUGAAUGCAACCAAACCAGAGAAUGGCACUACUCAAGCAGGACAAAACAUUGACUUGCCAACUAGUAUGGAUAAUGCAACUAGGGAUGUGGGGUCAAUAGGGACAGAGAACACCACAAACACGCAGAGACGACUCCUUGAAGAUAUUGAUUCAAAAGGGGCACACGAAGGCAAUUCUGACACUAAUGUUAAUGGUGAUGAGGGUGUAGGGAUGCACGGUGCAACUGUGGAAAAUAAUGAAGUUCUGGAAGAGGAUGCUGAUCAAUCUUUUGAUAUAUUCCGUGAAGGAGAAGAGCUAGCUGAUGAGUAUAAUUAUGAUUAUGAUGAUUAUGUUGAUGAAUCCAUGUGGGGGGAUGAGGAGUGGACAGAAGACAAACACGAGAAAAUGGAGGAUUACAUAAACAUCGACUCGCAUAUCCUGUGCACUCCAGUAAUAGCAGACAUUGACAAUGAUGGCGUAUCAGAAAUGGUUGUUGCUGUAUCCUACUUCUUUGAUCAUGAGUACUAUGACAACCCAGAGCAUUUAAAAGAAUUGGGUGGUAUCGAUAUUGGAAAAUAUGUAGCAGGUGCUAUCGUAGUUUUCAAUCUUGAAACAAAACAAAUCAAGUGGACAACUCAACUGGAUCUUAGUACGGACACCGCAAAGUAUCGUGCCUAUAUUUAUUCUUCUCCUACUGUGGUUGAUUUAGACGGGGAUGGAACUUUGGACAUUCUCAUUGGGACUUCCUUUGGCUUGUUUUAUGUUUUGGAUCAUCGCGGCAGAGUAAGAGAGAAGUUUCCUCUUGAGAUGGGUGAGAUUCAGGGAGCAGUGGUGGCAGCGGAUAUCAACGAUGAUGGAAAAGUUGAACUAGUGACAGCUGAUACUCAUGGAAAUGUGGCUGCAUGGACUGCAAACGGAGAUGUAAUUUGGGAAAUGCAUCUAAAGAGUCUAGUUCCCCAGGGUCCAACAAUUGGCGACGUUGAUGGAGAUGGUCACACAGAUGUUGUAGUCCCUACAAUAUCAGGGAAGAUAUACGUCCUUAGUGGGAAGGAUGGGUCGUAUGUACGCCCCUUUCCAUAUCGGACGCAUGGGAGAGUGAUGAAUCAAGUUCUUCUGCUUGAUCUGAAUAAACGUGGGGAAAAGAAGAAGGGACUGACUCUUGUGACAACAUCUUUCGAUGGCUAUCUGUACCUUAUUGAUGGACCGACAUCAUGUGCUGAUGUCAUCGAUAUUGGCGAGACUUCAUACAGCAUGAUCUUGGCAGAUAAUGUUGAUGGUGGAGAUGAUCUUGAUCUUAUUGUCACGACCAUGAAUGGUAAUGUUUUCUGCUUUUCGACUCCUGCUCCGCAUCACCCUCUGAAGGCAUGGCGAUCGCCAAAUCAGGGAAGAAACAAUGUAGCUCAUCGGUAUAAUCGUGAGGGAAUUUAUGUUUCACAUUCGUCCAGAGCUUUCCGUGAUGAGGAAGGGAAAAAUUUCUGGGUGGAGAUACAGAUCGUUGACAGAUACAGGCAUCCAACGGGCACUCAAGGACCUUAUAAUGUCACAAUGACGUUACUGGUUCCUGGGAACUACCAAGGAGAUAGGCGGAUAGUGCACAACCAGGUAUUCGAUCAUCCUGGAAAGUACAGGAUAAAGAUGCCGACAGUGCCUGUUCGGACCACAGGGAGCGUGCUGGUGGAGAUGGUUGACAAGAACGGCAUCCAUUUCUCCGACGAGUUCUCUCUCACCUUCCAUAUGCAUUACUACAAGCUGCUGAAAUGGCUUCUGGUCCUCCCAAUGCUCUGGAUGUUUGGCAUUCUUGUCAUUAUCCGCCCACAGGAAGGCACCCCAUUACCUUCAUUCUCACGGAAUACGGACCUUUGAGUUCAUUUUCUGCGCCACACAUACCGGCUGAGAGUGAAUCAGGUUUAUAGGUUCCUUGCUCCCGGGACGACAGUGGUAUUGUUGCUUAAGCAUGGGAAGAAUUCCAUUUUCAUGCUUCUGCGGCGCAUUGCACCAUGCAAUCUGGUCUUGUUUCACGGGAGUUUUCAAAGUGUAGAAAUGCCCCAAUCUCAGGUGGGGCCCAACAGUUUUUUAGAUAUCAUUAGCCAUUUCUUUCUUUUGGUGUUGUUUAAUAUAUAUACAUCUCCAAAGCACAGAGGGUUCCGGAAGUAGAUCCUUAUUUUGCACUUACUCUUUCAUGCUCAUCCCUUUACGCUUGUAUUUUCACUAAUCAGGAACUGCAAUGAACACAUCGGAUGCACUUUGGUUGCCUUUUUCUA